AUGGAGCAGUAUGUGGCGUCUGCGAUAAACCUGUUGAGUUCUCCGAAGCUCAAGGAGAGGUCGCAGGCACUAACAGAUGUGGCGGCGAUCGUGAAGGACAACCCUGACACUCUAACAAGCAAAAGCGUCGGAGCGCUGGUCCAGAGCCUAAUAGAUAUACUCGAUGCUGAGACGCGAAAGUUUGACGAGUUGUGCCGACGGCGGCCGGAAGCUGGCGCAAGGGUUGAGCUGGCGCAGGGCAGGCUGAACUCAGUGGUCGCUGUGCUCCGGCUAGUUCUCGAGACGAUUCCGGACCGGUUAAGGGCAAAACAAUUCAGAGGGCUCGUGCUCAGCUUGCCAGAACUGCUUGGAUGGGCGAUUCGGGAGCAAGUACACGACAUGCUGCAACCGCUGUCGGCGUGUUUACAGGCGCUGACCGAGUGUCACACGUUCAAGCUAAAAGUGGACGACGGCCAGUGGCGCACGCUUGUCAGGGCCUCCGCAGAGGACCUGGUAGCCCUUUUUGGCAUCAACUGCACGCAUAAAUCAAUUGCCAAGUUGGCGGGCGCGCUUACUUCGCUGAUACGGAUGGAUGCCGUUGGGUUCAAAGAUGUGUGUGAAGAGCUCCUCCUUAUACCGGUCAGGUACUACCAGAACACAGACAAAGAGACUGCCAACAUGCGCUCGAUUCUUCAACUAUGCAACUUACUCGUGCUCAAAGGACAUCUGAUCAAGUUUCAUGGUGUCCAGUACCUAAUCCAUUGCACAAUGCAGCAUCUCCUUCAGUUUACUCUGCCGGGCACCGAUUACAUUUUAGAAGAGAUUGCAGUCUUCACGCUCUUCAGCGCUGAGCUGAUGAUCCAUGAAGUUCCAUACAUUCCUGGAGACUUGGAGUCUGGAAGAUAUUUCGGGAAAGAAGUUCUGUCUGAGCUAUAUCAGCAGUUUAUCGUUCAUCUUCUGGAGAAUUACCGCCCUCAAAAACUUCAGCUAAAGGAUUUGGAAUACCGAUUGCUACUUGAUAGGCGGCAAUGGUACCAACUAGAUGAUUUUCAGAUCUCUCCACAUGCGAGUCACAUUGAAUGGCUGCAAUUACAGGGCAUCUCGAAUAUGCUCUGUAGCUAUUAUGCUUUCCAACACCGGCAUCCUGUCAUGGAUAUCAGCCAAGUGAAAAGGCGCAGGCUUUCUGACACUUACAACUCCUUCUUGCUCAAUUCACAGUACGGAAUAAGCUUUGCCACUAGCUGCAUUGAUAGCAAUCCAGUCUCCAGUCAGCUACUGGGAUUACAGUUAGCCGCGUGUGUCACGUCCUUCCACGAAUGCCCCAAGUAUCAGCUAGAGGAGCUAUUAGAUGCUAUUUUGCGUCGUUUCGAAAAUGCCAACCUCGUUGGAUGGUGUUGCCUUGCCAUGCUUCCCUUAUGCUCUCAGCUCGAUCUUGUUAUAAGUGAGACUGUUCUGCAAAAACUACUGAAACUCACUCUGCCCUUGCUAAAGAUACCUACGUUAUCCGCUGUUGCAUCCGCGCUAAUAUCAAAGUUGCUGGAUUAUCAGCAAAGGACACUUACGGGCAGUAACAUGUUACAACAAUGCUAUGACCUUUACGAACUUUCUGACAUUAUAGGGCCAGCGGUUGUCUCUAAUGAGUCUUUCCGUUUAUGGCAAUCUUUGCAUAUCUAUGGAGGCGAUUUCCGGGGGAAGGAUGGAUCAUCUGCAGCGGAUCGUAUUGCGAAUUGGCUAUUUGCCAAGUUAAACACCGUCUCCCCUCUGGAUGAAUCACAAAAUAGCUUUCCGCACUUUCUGGGAUGGCUUGCUGGAUGCCAAUUGAAGGACGCUUAUGAAGUUAAUCGAGCAAUCCACGUUAACAGUUAUUGCUUGGAGUGGGAAUACACUUCAGUCGAAAGAACAUUUCUACUUUCUAUUGAAACAUCUAGGAGAUUAUCUCGGAAUAGAACGACCCCACUUCAGAACAUGAACUAUGAAUCGAGCUCGAUUUCUGAACUAUUCUACCGGAUUCUUGAUAAAAUAACAAGCCAAGACGAUAUCGAAGCAUAUGGAUGGAUGUGCUUUGGUCUACAAUUAAUCCAUCAUAUUAGAGAAUUGACUUAUCUCGUGGAGUAUGUCAACGAUCUUAAAAAGGCGAUCUGCCUGCGGCUGGGGAAAAUGAAUUUUGGUAAUAGUCAGAUUUUACUUUCGUGUAUAAGGCAAACGACCUCCUUACCUUCUUGUGAUAUAUUGCCUUUGUUUUUUACUGAGAGAGAAAUUGCCAAUAUCAUUUACACCUACAAGGAGCUGAAGCUGACAGAGGUACCGGAGGGUCCCGCAGAAGAUGAUUUUGCUGGCCCAGCGAAAGCUAGACAUAAACUAUACCCCUUAAACCACCUAUAUGCUGGUAAACAGGGAUUCGAAAUCGACUAUGUUGUGUCUUUCAUAAUAAUGUGUUCCGACUAUGAGACGAACGGUGAUGCUGCUGAAAAGGUCAUUGAGCUCUUUUUGCAACUAGCCAGAAGCUUGCCAACUAACCUUAUAUUUCAAGCGUUACCAACAUUAAUCACAUAUAUCGGUUCAAACGACAGAGAAAACAUAUCUGAGGACACUUUAUUGGCCUUGACUGAAUUUACCGGCUCAUCUCUUUUAACAAACGAAUACAAUACAUCUACCCUUUCGAUAACUUAUCUGUCCCUGUUUCUUAAAUCUAUCUCACGUUAUUGGCUCAGCGAUACGCACAUGCCCUCUUUAACCGCUGAUUGCAAUGAUAUAUUGGAGUGGAUAUUUUCGCGCCUAGGUGACUCUUCAUGUAUUGGGUGUGAAGCCAUAAUGGCCAUUUUAGAUAUGACGCUCCAUAUGUUGAAAAAUUACAAUCGUUCGAAUUCCAAGUUUACUUUCGACAAACAACACUUAUUUCAUGUGCUAACGACAUGUCUGGGGAGGCUCCCGAAAUUCUAUAUAUGCAAGGUUGUUCAUGAAUUAAACUCCUAUGUUGUUCGUCUAGGGUUAAAGAACCAGAGUAUUAUAUUUUCUGAAUUUGCCGGUCUAUUUGACCCCCCUCAAAGGGAUGCAGAGACCGCAGCAUACUAUUCGCUGACAUUAGCUGGUCUUGGGACGAUUUCUCACAUGCACUUGUCAAAUGCUAUACUUCAUGUUUUGCCUAACUUGCAACACAAACAUGUUAGUCAAUAUGCACUGUCAUUUUUAAAGUCAGUUGCCGGCUUUCAUAAGUUAUCUGGUAUCAGAGCAUUAUUUCAUUUAUGUCGCUUUGAGAUCCUUGACAUAUGGUCUAAUAAGUGUGCGGGACUUCGAGAUUUCUCACCUAUAUGGAAUACAGCGAUCUUCCAGUUCGAGAGCUUCGAGCAGUUUAUUAAUGAAUAUAAGCAUGAGGUCGCUGCCUACUAUUUUGCAAAGCUCUCACCAUACCACUAUCUUAAGUCUACUUUGGUUAAUGAUGACAAAGAACUUCCACAAUUGCUUGAAAUUUCAUUGCAAUAUGCAAUCCCAUUGGCCUACAUACCUGGAGGAAUUGGCGACGCAAUAUUCGAUAUCUGCGCAGAUCAAUGGAGUGCUACGAACCAUACGAAUGUUUUAAAACAACAGUAUCUGCUAAUUUUUGAUCGAUUGUUACAUUUUGCUGACCUGACUGUAUUCAUGGAAUAUUUUGAGAGUUUGCAAAAGGUUUAUACGAAUUCUGAGUUAAUUCACAAAAUGAAAAAAUACACCUAUAACCUACAUCCGAAACACCUUUUGUCAUAUUCUUUACGAACUGCUUUGAAAGUCAUCCACUCCAAAGUGUUACUCGGUAAACUGUCCAUACAGGAAUUGAGAUUUCUCUUAACCUUAAAUCUCCAAUAUUUACAGGAGAGUACGUUACCAGAUGAUCGCAGCCAGAUUCUUAGAAAAAUCCAAAUUAUUUUGGUAGCGUAUGAGCAACAAUUGGAAGAUGCAUCUUCGGUUUCUGACCUCUUGGAGAUUCUUACAGAUUACUUAGAUGAUCCUCUGCUGGGCAAUGAGGUGGGUGCACUGAUUGGCUCCAUAGUAGCCUUGGGAUUUAACGUCAAAUACACUGAAAGUUUGUUCCUAUGCAUAUUUGCUAAACUUCUACCUCAACUGCAUGAGGCGAAAACCGCAAAUCUUUCUAUUCUGCUGAACGACAUCAGUAAUACACUCACGAUUAACAAUUCUAAUAUCAUACAUGGUAAGUGGUGGCAUGCCUGUAUUGAUGCGUUAGCAGGUACCAGUUUGUUUGAAAAUACUAUUUACCAUGACGACUCCCUGUUAGACACCGAACUGCUUGAUCAUCGUGCGCUGAACUUAUAUUCUGAAAUAUUGUCUUUCCUACCACCAUUCACUGGCUUUCCCCCGAACUUUGUUCCUAAAGAGAGAGUAUUGCGGCAUUUGAUAUCGCAGACAACUACUUUUAAGCUGCAUGAUAAUUUCCUUCUCUGGAAAGGACAUUAUAUUGGGAUGUAUCACAAAUUUCACGGAACAAUCCCGCAAUUAGCACCUAAUGGUCCUAAUCAAAAACUGUCCAUUGAUAAACUAGUAAAGAACUAUGGCUUGCUGAAUGGAAUUUUUGAGCUUUUGGAGGCCAUAGAGAAAACUACCCAUGCCAGAAUAAAGUUCAUAUGCCAGUGUAUCAAUGCUGUCUCUCUUAGCCACAAAGAUUCGCUUUCUACGUUUACUGCGGAUACGCAGCAGUUUUUUGGUCAGUUAUCUUCUAAAUCUGUACCACUGGAUUUAGCGCUCUUUUUCUACAUGUUCCCCAUAUCAAAUCCCAGUGAGUCUAUGGAAACCUUCUGCAGAUUGCAUUAUCCUGCGUUAACGUCUGAUUAUUCAUCAUGGCUUGUAAAACUCACCAUGUUCGCUCUUGAUAUGUUGGGGCGUUAUAUUCCGGUAGUAAAGUGUUUUGAGGUACUGGCUACGGCUAUAACCAGUAGGGUCGAACAAUUGUUGAACUAUUGGCUACUAUUGUUACUAUACUGUGAUCCUAAUAACGGUAUAAGGCUACUAUGCACUCUAAUAUCCAACAUUGGGUUACUGAAGUCCACCAAAGAGGGUAUCCUAAAGAUUAAGUACAUGUUAAAUCUUCUUCUCAUCGUCAGAUCUUUCCAUAAACUGGGUUACAAGGAGUUUGAUACAAUCUAUGAUCGCAUUAGCCUGCAAGAUGCUUAUAAAGUGGCAGCAGAAGUGGGAGAGAAGUAUAUUGCCUGUCUACUUUUUGAAGAAUUCCACAUGCCGAACUUGGCUCGCUUGGACGUCACGUACAUGAAGGAGAUUUAUAAACAGUUUGAUGACGUUGAUAUGAUAUAUGGGAUACCGACGACAGCAUCCUUGGCAUCAGCAAUUGAGCUCAUAAAUCAGACUCAGGCUACAAGUUUAAAAAGCUUCAUGAUGAAUAAUGGCAACUUUGAUGCGCAGUAUGCCACUCAUUUCACGGGCAAUAUUGGUAAUUUGGUUAAUUCUGCAUCCAAUAAUGGGUUUACUGGAUUAGCAUAUGCAUUACAGAAUAUUUCUUCUUCGAAAAAUACAUCAGCAACCUAUAACUGGUGUAUUGAACUAGACAAAUGGGAUCUACCCACGCCGGACAUCCUGGACUCAACCGCCAAGUCGAUAUAUUCUAUAAUCAAAAAGACAGAUAUCAACACAGGAACUGCAGAAGCGGCCUUUAAAAGCACGAUGUUGAAUGCAUUACAAUUUCUAGAGAAAACUGGAGUUAAUGAAGAUAAUGUUUCACAGUUGGGUAGCAUAGUGACAAUGGUCCAGUUGUACAAUAACAACGCCGAAAAAUUGGUGAAAUCCCUACAUGCUCAAGAUCGUAAAAUUCUUAAAGUUAAAGAUUUUAAUGACUAUUAUAUGGAUAUCAAGGUGCGUCAUGUCUUUCUGGACCAUCUGAUUGAUUCUCACAAGAAUCGGCUUUCGGAAGAGCAAUCUAUCUGUUUGCGUUUUGCCAGUAUCUGUGAACUUUCACACUUGAGUGAGGUUGCCAGAGGAGCUUCUGAUUUCCAGCGAUCAUUGGAUGCUGUGCUUCUCUUGGAGAAAAGUGUGCUAGCACUUCCUACUAAUUCUUCAGUUGAACAUUAUGGCUUAUUCAAAACUUUUGCUAGGCGGAUGUCAACAAUUCAAUCUGCAAAGAUGUUAUGGUCACAAAAUGAAACGGUAAUGUCCAUUGACAUGCUGAAAGACUUACUACAUACGCCACUCAGCAGCAACCUUAUUGCGCGAGCAAGAAAGCAACCCUUUUUUCAACAGAUGGCCAUUCUUGAUAUUAAUGUCAAGGCCCAAUUGGUGCAAUGGUUAUCACAUUCGAGACAGGAUGUUCCUGAACGCAUCUUUAAAAACUACAUUGGCACAUCGCUGCAAGAUAUCGAAAAUUACGGUGACAAUCCUUCAAGAACCGAAAUAGUCCAUACCUUUGGGAAAUUCUGUUACGAUCAGGCCAAGCGUUUUAGUGAGACCAACGAGGUAGACAUAAUGGCACGGCGGGUGUCUAAGAACAAAGAAGAGUUAGCGGCGCUUUAUCAACUGUACCAUGAUAGAUCCUUACCAGAGCGUGAAAGGAAGGAGGCGAAAAGGCAUUACGCAAGAUUACUGGUAAGAAACCAGCAGGAAACAGAGACCUACAAUCAGCUGCGGGAUCAAAGGGAACUUUUUGUCACCAAUGCGUUGUUAUUUUUUACCCAGACGUUGCAGUAUGAUGAUCUGUAUGAUGGAGAAGUAAUUGACCAGUUUUGCGGCCUAUGGUUUGAAUAUUCAAAUGACGAUAAUGUUAGUGGAAAGCUGCUGUCAAAUCUCCAGAAUAUACCAGAAUAUAAACUACUACCAUGGAUCAAUCAGAUGGCUUCGAAAUUAGCCGAUGAUGAGUCACCCUUUCAGAAGACCUUACGCGCAGCGAUGGUGCGUAUUUUACUGAAGUUGCCAUAUGACUCUCUAUACGUAUUGAUUGGUAUGUCAUUGACAGGCAGUCGGCAAAACGCAAAGGAUUCGGGCUCCCAGUCUCGCCUCGUGGCAGUUGAGAGCUUGCUAAAGGAAGUAAGCAAACACGACUAUGGAAGCUAUGCCACGAAAUAUCUUCUUCCAGUUCGGGAAUUUUGUGAAAUGAGUGUAUCACUGGCAUCUCAAAAAUUCGCACAAAAUACUAGAAAGAUACACCUGAAUAAUUUAAAGAUUGGUACCUAUUGGCUAAAGGAACUGAAAGGCAGGAAACUCCCACUUCCCACCGCACAAUCCAGGGUCUCCGACCGAUGUGGGAACAGUGUAUCAAGGUCAUACAUUACCCAAGUAGAUCCAGACGUUCGAAUUGCCAGUUCUGGUCUUUCACUUCCGAAGAUUGUCACCUUUACGUUAAGUGACGGUACGAGGCAUCGCGCAUUAUUGAAAGCAGGUAAUGACGACCUAAGACAAGACGCCAUUAUGGAACAAGUCUUUAAGCAAGUGAACAAAAUUCUGACGUCCAAUAAGAGGACUAGAAAACUCAAAUUGCGGAUAAGAACAUAUGAAGUCAUCCCACUGGGCCCCCAAGCGGGUAUUAUUGAAUUUGCGCCGAAUUCCAAAUCCUUGCACGAGAUACUUGCGGGAUACCACAAGGAUGAUACCAUAUCUCUUGAACAAGCGAGAAAAGCGAUGAAAGCCGUCCAAGGGAAAUCCAAGGAGCAACGCAUUGCAGUGUAUGUGAAAAUCACUGAAUCGGUGAAACCAGUGCUUCGUAAUUUCUUCUAUGAGACCUUUUUAGACCCUGAGGAAUGGCUGCUCGCCAAGGCUACCUAUACGAAAGGCGUUGUGACAAACUCCAUUGUCGGCCACAUUCUUGGUCUGGGUGAUAGGCAUCUGAAUAAUAUCCUUCUGGAUAAGUUUACUGGUGAACCAAUUCACAUUGAUCUUGGUGUCGCCUUUGACCAGGGCAAACUGCUCCCGCUGCCGGAACUGGUUCCGUUCAGACUCACCAGAGACAUUGUCGAUGGGUUUGGCGUCAUGGGGGUGGAGGGGCUGUUCCGGAAGAACUGUGAAAAGGUGUAUGGCUUGUUGAGGAAGGAACGCGAACGAGUCAUGUGCGUGUUGAACGUCUUGAAGUGGGAUCCACUGUAUUCAUGGAAGAUGACGCCGCUGCGUAGACAGAAGCUACAGGGGAAGCUGGUCGACGGCGACAGCCCGUCGGACUCCCUCGUGACGAGCCUUCCUGACAGCUCUGACAACGACGAGUCACGGCGCGCGCUCAAGGGCGUGGAGGACAAGCUGCUUGGGAACGGGCUGAGCGUGGAGGCGACCGUGCAGGAGCUGGUGCACCGAGCCACGGACGUGUCAAACCUGGCCGUCAUAUUCAUGGGUUGGUCGCCCUUCUACUAG